AAUCUCCGCCCCACCGGCCACGAGCCCACGAGCGACCUUCCAGCGUCUCUGCCCGCACGCGGUCACGCCUAUAAAGCCUUGCCUCCUCGCUAGGGUUUCUUUCUUCCUCCCUUCUUACAGCCGCCGCCGCCGCAUCCCAGCCUCCAUCACCGUUUCCGUCUCGUUGCCAUGGGUAAGGUGCACGGAUCGUUGGCGCGCGCCGGGAAGGUCCGCGGGCAGACCCCCAAGGUGGCGAAGCAGGACAAGAAGAAGAAGCCCCGCGGCCGCGCGCACAAGAGGAUGCAGUACAACCGCCGCUUCGUCACCGCCGUCGUCGGCUUCGGCAAGAAGCGCGGGCCCAACUCCUCCGAGAAGUAGGCGCCGCUCGGCUCGUACCGGUUCCUCAUCCUUCCUGCUCUCCGUAUGCUUAUGCUCUUGAUGGUACUAGUUUCGUUGUUCGCAAGCAGAGGAAGAACCUUCUGUAGAUUCGGUUUUGUUGUCCAUGUGCUCAGAUGGGAACUUGAGAUUGUAUGAAUUUGAGAUAUGGUGAUAUGAGCUGAUGAUUUUUAUUAUGCUUAUUGUUGCUCCUCUGAGCUGUUAUUUUUGAACGCUAUCCAAAUAAAUUUGAAACCAGAUUGCUGAUGCGUA